ACAGUAACGUUUAGUAAUACUUCAGUGUUCGGUUCAGUUGCAUUGUUGUAAUUUCUCCCGAAGUAUUUAGUGUUUUGAGUGGUUCUAUUUGCCAGCUACGAUUACAAUUCUGAAAUGUUGCUGAAGGUCGUCCCAGUAGCUGUUUUGCUAUGUUCUGCGGUUGCGUUUUGUAACGCGCAAGAUGCUGAACCAUGUCCUCCACCACCGAAGCACUACUCGGAGCUGGGAUGCAAACCCAUUGUAGAUGAAGGCCACAAAUGUCCGAAUAGAUAUGAAUGCCCCGUAUUAACGGAUCGUGAUGGCCAGAAGUGCUACUUCAACGGACACGUUUAUGACGUCGAUACUUCACUGUCUAUGGCUGACCAGGAGCUGGUCUCGUGCUCUCCUGCUUGCCGCUGUAACAAUUACACGUCACCAUCGUCGUUUAUGUGUGCACAUAUUGAUUGUCCAGAGUUCUUCGGUCGGGAGGAAUCAUGCAUCUACCAAUACAGCCCACGUGAUUGUUGUGCGUCAAAUAAGGUUUGUGGCACGGAAGUUGAGAAACUGGGCGAAUGUCAUCUAGACGGAGAACGGUAUAUGGAAGGCCAAAAGAUAUAUCCAAAAGAAGAAAGUUGCUACUCGUGUCACUGCCAGAAGGGUUUCGAUAACAGUACCAUCGUGGGAAAUCCUAAUUGCCACGAAAUCAAUUGCGGAAUUGAAGUGCAUAAUGUUGGCAGACUGAUGGAUGGUUGCAUUCCGAUUUACUUUGGAAAUGAUAGAUGCUGUCCUAUCUCGUGGAGAUGCCCUGAAGACAAAGACUCCGUCAUCGUUGAGGGACGUCUAGAUAUCGAUGAGGAGGCCGAUCCGAAGAUGCAGUGUACGUUCGGUAAACUGCAGUUGAACCUUGGGGAUUCCAUCUCAUCCGACGAUAAGUGUGUUUCAUGCAAGUGCACCGUUCCUCCAAUGCCUCAUUGUAUUCAGAGCAGGGACUGUUGAAGAGUAAUAUUAAAGAAAACUAAUUUAUACAAAA